CGCCUCCGCCCUCCUCCCCGGCCCACCCCGUUUCCGGCGGAAGCGGCCUCAACAAGGGAAACUUUAUUGUUCCCGGUGUUGCGGCGAGGAUGUCGGUGAAUUACGCGGCUGGGCUGUCGCCGUACGCGGACAAGGGCAAGUGCGGCCUCCCCGAGAUCUUUGACCCCCCGGAGGAGUUGGAGCGGAAGGUGUGGGAGCUGGCGCAGCUGCUCUGGCGGUCCUCCAACGUGGUGUUCCACACGGGAGCUGGCGUCAGCACUGCCUCGGGAAUCCCGGACUUCAGGGGCCCCCAUGGCGUCUGGACAAUGGAGGAGCGGGGCCUGGCCCCCAAGUUUGACACGACGUUCGAGAACGCGCGGCCCACGCGGACCCACAUGGCGCUGGUGCAGCUGGAGCGCGUGGGCCUCCUCCGCUUCCUGGUCAGCCAGAACGUGGACGGGCUGCACAUGCGCUCCGGCUUCCCCAGGGACAAGCUGGCCGAGCUCCACGGGAACAUGUUCAUAGAAGAAUGUGUCAAGUGUAAGACGCAGUACGUCCGGGACACGGUUGUCGGCAGCAUGGGUCUCAGGGCCACUGGCCGCCUCUGCACCGUCACCAAGGCUCGGGGCCUGCGGGCCUGCAGGGGCGAGCUGAGAGACACCAUCCUGGACUGGGAGGACGCGCUGCCCGAUCGGGACCUGGCCCUCGCCGACGAGGCCAGCAGGAAGGUGCUGCCCUGGGCCCGUUUUUCAGGGGCGCUGGAUGGAGGCCUUGGGGACGGGCCGGACCAACACCGGCUCCCCGGCCCCAGGAACGCCGACUUGUCCGUCACCCUGGGCACUUCCCUGCAAAUCCGGCCCAGCGGGAACCUGCCACUUGCCACCAAGCGCCGGGGAGGCCGGCUGGUCAUCGUCAACCUGCAGCCCACCAAGCACGACCGUCACGCGGACCUCCGUAUCCACGGCAAUGUCGAUGAAGUCAUGUCCCUGCUCAUGAAGCACCUGGGGCUGGAGAUCCCCAGCUGGGAGGGACCCCGCGUGCUCGAGAAGGCACUGCCACCCCUGCCUCGCCCACCCGCUCCCAAGCUGAACCCCAAAGAGGAGCCCCCUGCCCCGCUCAACGGCUCGGCCCCUGCCAGCCCCAAGCAGGAGCCCUCGGCCGAGCUCCCCGCCCAGCUCAAUGGCUCCAGGCCGGCCCACCCCAAGCGGGGGCAGCCGGACAGUCCUGCCCUCACCAUGCUCCCCAAAAGGGUGAAGGCUGAGGUGCUGCCCAGCUGACCAGGGUGCUUGGGGAGGGACGGGGAUGCUUUUUUGUAGAAAUCACGGGUUCUUUUAUUUU